AAGAGAGGGAGCAACAAGGACGCAGAGAAAGUGCACGAACCAAAAAAAAACAAAAAAAAAAAAACAGGUCACUUUCACUCGAACCCACAACGACGCAACGAUGUCUUCAAAGUGCCCCAAGUGUGACAAGACGGUGUAUUUCGCUGAAAAGGUGUCAUCGCUCGGGAAGGACUGGCACAAGUUGUGUCUCAAGUGCGACCGCUGCAACAAGCUGCUGACGGCUGGAGGCCACGCUGAGCACGAUGGAAGGCCCUACUGCCACAAACCGUGCUACGCUGCCCUCUUCGGGCCAAAAGGUGUGAACAUCGGUGGAGCCGGCUCUUACGUGUACGACACUCCAGCCAACAACAACCCGUCUUCCACCGGUGUGGAUUCAGCACCCAAAACUGAAGAGAAGCGAGUGUUUGCACCCAAGCCAGCAUCCAAAGCUGGCAGCAUCACCACUUUCUCUGGAGAGGCCAACCUUUGUCCCCGAUGCAGCAAGAAGGUGUAUUUUGCUGAGAAGGUGACAUCACUGGGGAAAGACUGGCAUCGACCCUGCCUGCGCUGUGAGAGGUGCAGCAAGACUCUGGCUCCUGGCAGCCACGCAGAGCAUGACGGCCAGCCCUACUGCCACAAGCCAUGCUAUGCCGUCCUCUUCGGGCCCAAAGGCGUGAACACUGGUGGUGUGGGCAGCUACAUCUAUGAGAAGGAGCCCAGUGCAGUGACCCAGCCCUGAACCUUAGACCCUCUCCCUUCAGCCUCAUCCCUCUGCUCAACUCAACACUGACCACAUCAACCACAGUAUUAGUCUUAGCCUCUUUUUUUUCCCCUCUCUCUCUCUCUCUCCUUCACCUGUGCGAUUAUACCUGAGACAACCAGCCUGCUGCUCCGGAUCCUUCUCUCCUUCAUUCCCACCUGCUUCUAGCACCAUGAGGAGUAACUCCAAGUAGCCCCAAACAUGUGUUCAAUGUAUUUCCUCAACCACAUCCCAGCAUCCCUCCACAUUAGCUCCAUGCUAAUAAACAGCAUUCAAGUAAAGUCACCCAUUUUUGCCAUGUUUACACAUUCUAAUGUAUCUUAACACAUUAAAUGUCACCACAAAUGAACAAAAAGGUGUUUCAAUGUACAGCCUAAAAAAGAAAAAAGAUGGGCAGUCGUUCUCAGGUGUGGAGAGGGUGCAUUGUGGGUUUAGCUGCAGCAUUUCUGUCUCAGACACAGGUGUUGCUCAGGAGUACUUUGCCAAUAAAAUCUCUAUUUCAAAAAUGCCAUAUUUACAGUGUGGCUACCUGACAACAUUCCUGACAUGUUUGAGUAGUCAAGGUGUGCCCGAACAUAUUGUUUAAACAAAAAAAGGAGGGAAAGUGGAUCUCUCAGGCGACUGUUACAUUAUUUUCAGCACAUCCACGAGGCUGCGUUUACUCAGCAUGAGUUUAUUUUACUUUGAGUAAAAUGUAAAUAACCUGUUUUAUGUCAGAAAUCUGGAGAAAAAUAUAUAAUUUGCUAAUGAAUAACAAAAAAGUACAUUUUUUUAAAGUGAAGCAGAAAUUGGGUUAAGUUUUGGGAAGGGAGGGCAGUUUGUAUUUAUGACUCUAAUUGAAGGCCUUUACAUUUCAGUUGACAUUGUACUACUACCCUUUAAGGGACUGAUAAUGACAGACGUGAAAAACAUCGCAAUAUAAGCUGUAUAAAUCUCUACGAUCAAGAUUUUUAUCGAUAUUUUCAGAGAGGUAACCCUGCUGUUAUUUUCCGAGAGAUGACGCGCUCUUUGAAGUAUUACAUUUUAGCAGAAACCGUAGCUUAGCUCGUAGAAACACUGCAGACAAGUCAUUCAGUCAGAAUGUGCAUCCUAGUAUUAUUAUUAUUAUUGUUAUAAUUGUAAAACUGUUACUGUAUUUGUUUAUGAACUGUUGUACACACGGCGCGGCUCACUGUUUGUAGAACUGAAGCGCUGCACUCCAGCCCUGCUGCAUUUGUCUUUUUAAUCCCAAUAAAAUAAAUAUUCCAGAAACUCUU